AGAUAUAAUGGGCGUUACACCAAGUAGUAGAAGGAAUUUUCUUUUUAUUUCUUUGCCCCCUUUCACUGACGCCUUUGAAGACAAAUAUUGUUCCCAAAACAAUUCCCUAAAGAAAUAGAAAAAAAAGAGUAUUUGAGUUUGGUACGAAGUGUUAUUGACUUACUUACUUUGUGGCAGAUCAAAGCGAAUGUGGUAGGAUUUUAUUAGAAGCCUUUCAUUAAAGCCAAGUUGGUCGGAAGAGAAAGGUGGUCUAGACAUUGAACCAGAAUCCGAACCAAAAUGAUACGCGUUGGUGUCUUGUUCUCCGUCCUGGGCCUGGUCCUGUUUUCAGGACCAGGACCCUCUCUUGGUUUUAUUGAAACUCCGCCUCCUCCCGCCGGCAGUGUCAAUGAUGAAGGAAGUGCAACGCAAUUCUUGGAUGAAUAUAACACCGAGGCCAUGGAGGUGUACUCUCACUCUUCCUUCGAAGCGUGGGAUUAUUACACCAAUAUCACAGCUUAUAACCAGGAGAAAAUGGUCCAAGCAAACAUCGAAAGUGCAAAUUUUAGUAAGGUGAUGAGUGAGUACGCAAAUGCAUUCGAUCAGACGGGAUUUAGCAACGAUACCAAGAGACAACUCGAUAGCAUACGAUUUAUCGGAUCGGCUGCUCUGCCAGACGAUGAACUCAAAGAGCUUCAAGACAUUCUGUCUAAUAUGGAGACUCGCUAUUCAACUGGAAAGCCGUGUGAUAUGGAUGGAAAAUGUUAUUCUCUUGAGCCGGAUCUCACCCGGAUAAUGGCUACAUCACAUGAUUACUACGAGUUAUAUUGGGCCUGGAAUGCAUGGCGUGCCGAGGUCGGGGCACCUGCCCGAGAGGAUUACAAGAGAUACGUCGAGCUGAAAAAUCAAGCUGCGGUAGCAAACGACAAACCGGAUGCAGGGGCGUACUGGAGAUCUUAUUACGAAGUGGACAAUCUGCCAGAGAUCGCAGAGAAGCUAUACGAUGAGCUGAAACCCCUGUAUGAGGAGCUUCAUGCCUAUGUGAGGAGAAAGCUGUACAACCGAUACGGCUGUGAUUACAUCAACCUACGAGGACCUAUCCCAGCACACAUCUUAGGUAAUAUGUGGGCUCAGUCAUGGAUCAACAUUUACGACAUAUGCGAACCGUUCCCUGGAAAACAAGCAGUCGAUAUUACCCCAGCCCUCGUCGAACAGGGCUAUGAUGCUUUGCAGAUGUUCGAACUCUCGGAUGAGUUUUUCAAAUCGCUCGGUCUGAUCAAGAUGCCUCAAGAAUUCUGGAAUCAUUCCAUGAUUGAGAAACCAGAUGAUGGUAGGGAUGUAGUAUGUCACGCAUCGGCCUGGGACUUCCUCAAUCAAGUGGACUUCAGAAUCAAGCAAUGUACUGACAUCACCAUGGAUGACUUCAUCACGAUCCACCAUGAGAUGGGACACAUCGAGUAUUACCUUCAGUACAAGGAUCUACCCGUGGUAUACAGGGGCGGAGCCAACCCAGGAUUCCACGAGGCAGUGGGCGACGUCCUCGCUUUGUCUGUAUCUACACCAAAACAUCUGCAACAAGUCGGGUUGAUUGAUGAAGUGGUGGAUGAUGACGAGGCUGAUUUGAAUUUCCUAAUGAGUAUGGCUUUGGAUAAGAUAUCCUUCCUACCAUUCGGUUACCUGAUGGACCAAUACAGAUGGGGAGUGUUCAACGGAUCUACCACCGAAGAUCACUAUAACGAGGACUGGUGGAAACUAAGACUCCGGUACCAAGGUAUCAUACCGCCGACACCAAGGAGUGAAGAAAAUUUUGAUCCAGGGGCAAAGUACCACAUCCCAGCAGACGUGCCGUAUAUCAGAUAUUUCAUCAGUUUUGUCCUGCAAUUCCAAUUCCACGAAGCCCUUUGCCAAGCCGCUGGUCAAUACGGUAAUGCUGGUGACGAACCUCUAUAUAAAUGCGAUAUAUACCAAUCACAAGAAGCCGGUCAAUUGCUUGCUGACAUGCUGAAGAUGGGAUCGAGCAGGCCGUGGCCAGAGGCUCUAAAAGCCAUCAUUGGUAGUCAAGAGAUCAGCGCUCAAUCUCUGAUCAACUACUUCCAGCCUCUUAUUGAUUACCUGAAGGAACAGAACGAGAUGAAUGGAGACGUGGUAGGAUGGUCAGAGAUGUAUACUCCUAAAGGUGAGCUUAUAACAAUACAGGGGCCGCGGAAGCGGGGGGGGGGGGGGCUCAGCCCCCACUCUUUUUCCAAACCUGUACAAAAACGUAAAAAUUACCAUAUGAUUGUGAUUUUUUUGCAUGAUCAACCCCCCCCCCCCCCCCCACUUUGAAAACCGUUCCGCGGCCCCUGCAAUAAUUACACAAUAUAAUUAUCAUACAGUGCGGUACUUUUUGUUUUAGCAAUUCUAAAUAUUCACAACCAUUGUUAUUAUCAUCAUUAUUACCGGUGUGUUGGCUCAGUUGGUAGAGCGUCCGUCUCACAACCGGGAGGUCGCGAGUUCAAACCCGGCCUUGUCAGACCAAAAGACGUAAAAAGAUGGGAGUUGCUGCUACCCUGUUUGGCGUUCAACGAUUAAAGGGAUAGAGCCUCAUCGAUCUGGCGCUGCACAGCGGCUGCCGGGCCCACGAUCAGUUGGGCAAAACAAAUAUUCGGAGUAUUUAAUUUCAUGUCUAUUUGAACAAUAAUAUAUGGAUUUUCAUUUCAUUUUAUUUUUGUGAAUAAAAGUUGUUGAUGAUGAUGAUGAACAGCUGUUUUGUUUAUUUAUCUGAAAGAAAAAAAUCAAAAGCACUGGCUUCCCAAUUAUGUCACAUUAAUAAUUGUUCACAAAGUUGCUGAAAAAGAUACGUCUUUAGUUCAUAUUUGAAGGUCUCAAUAUUGUCUUUCUUUAAGUUCAUCAUGAAUUUGCAUUUGAAAAUAUUGCAAAUCAUUAUUUGAUAUAACAAAGAGAAUGUGAAAAUCGAUUGAUAAUCUGGUUGAUAUUGAUAAUCUAUAAAAAUAUUUUGAUGUUGAAAUGUGCUAUUAAAUCUGAAAAAAAAAGGCUUGGCCAUGCAUGGCUUGUAGAAUCCAUCAUUAUCAUGGAAUGAAAAAUUAUACAGUGAAGGAGCAAGGAGGCCAGAAAAAUGAAAACAACUUCUUGAUAAUAGGAAAAAUAUGUGUUUAUUUUGUUUCUUUCACUUGUCUUUUCAUACAUGUUUUCGUCUCUAUCCUGCUUGACCAACAUUGCAGAACGUAAGUAUUGAUCCUCAUGACUUGUAAUCAUAAUUUUCUUAGUGAUUUUUCUACAAAAAUACUAUAAUGUUUCAUUUAGGACAAAUUGCUGAGUAUGGAUAUGAAAUGUAUGAAUUCAUGUAAUGAGAUCAUCUACAAAAGUUCAAUAUUAUUUUUAAAUAUUUUUUUUCCAAGUGCCUUUUAUCACACAAAGUAACAAAAUAUUACAAGAUAUAAUGAAUAUGAAUACUGUGUAUGUAAGACUAACUUGGGUUCCUCAAUUUGAAUAAGCUAAAUAUCACACAAGACAGAAGUUCAUUAUCAUAUUCGUUUUUAAUACUCUCUAUUGGUAAUAGUAAUGAUGUCUUAACAUUUUGGAGUUUUGAUGGUCAUUUGAAUAUGAUGCCUACAUCGUAUCAGAGACGUGUAUGCAUUUUACCGUAAUUAAUUCAUAUAGUGACGUAAUGAGCUAAAAUUUUGAGGGGGCGUGAUAUUGCAUAUUGGGUCAAAUUUAUGAAAAGUUGAAACUUUUUUGGGGGGAGGCAGGCGUCCUAAGCCCCCCAUCUGUACGAAACUGAUAAAGUAUUUAUUUUUUUUACGAAAUUGCAAACGAAAUCCUAUUCGUUCUCUGUCUCUCUCUCUAUUCCAGCUGAAAUGGAGGACGAUUUGACAAAAUGGAAGAAGAGUUAUGAGAUGUGGCAGAUGGAGAUGAUGGAUUGGAAGAAAACAUAUGAAGAUUACAAAGAACACACCACCUGUGAUUAGAUUGACAGUUCCAAAAUAUUCAGAGUAACAUGAGAUUGUGGCAAUGAAGGGGCGGGUCUUGCUUUUUUUUCUUCGUGGAUUCCCAAACAAAAAAAGGGUAAAAUUAAACGUUGCUCGACAAGGAAGAAAAAAAAGAUGUAUAUGAAUGGUUUAACGCCUUCUUGAUUACUAUAAGUGUAUAUACUUAAUGAUUCUAAUUAAAGAGAUUGAGUACGCAGAAAAUGAUACAAUUUGGUAGUUAGAACAAGGGUGUACUUCUUUUGAUAAUAGUGGCGACACUCUUCACACUUUCUUAAAAGCGCGCCAUACAUUGUCUUUCAGGUGCGUGUAUACAUACUGCAGUGUUUUAAAAUGUUUUACGCAACUUUAAAGGACAAGUCCUCCCUAGGAGAAAAGUUUAUUUGAAUGAAAAGAGAAAAAUCCAAGGCAGCAAGCAUAACACUGAAAAUUUGAUCAAAAUCGGAUGUAAAAUAAGAAGUUAUGACAUUUUAAAGUUUCGCUUAGUUUCACAAAACAGUUACAUGCACAUCCUGGUCAAUAUGCAAAUGGGGAAACUGAUGAUGUCAUCCACUUACUAUUUAUUUUGUAUUUUGUUAUAUAAAAUAUGAAAUAUUCUAAUUUUCUCCUCUUUCCUCCCUGAACAUGUGGAAUUAGCAUUGUUUAAUUAUACAUGGUUCAGUCAAGUUGGUCCUUGUUGUCAAAUAUGUAAAAAAUGAAGUAUUGUUUAAUUCAAACAUUUAAAAAACAAAAUAAAUAAUAAGUGGAGGACAUGUCUCAGUUGCAUGUCACUGAGUUGUGCAUAUCACUGUUUUGUGUAAAAUAAGCGAAACUUUAUAAAGUUAUAGGUUGUUUAUUUAACAUCCGAUUUAAUGAAAUUUUCAGCAUUAUGCUAGUUUAAUUUUUUUCUCUUUUAUUCAAAUCAAUCAACAUUUUUUCUGGGGUGGACUUGACCUUUACCAAUUAUGUGUAUAAUGUAUACUCGUUUAUCGUAAUAUAUGUGACAAAACGGUGUAUCUCAUUUGUUGAAUUGAAAGUUGAAAUGAAACGAAAUUAUUUUUUCGGCAUUUACAAAUACAUAUUAUAUAUAAUACGGUGUAUCUCAUUUGUUGAAUUGAAAGUUGAAAUGAAACGAAAUUAUUUUUUCGGCAUUUACAAAUACAUAUUUAUAAAACAAAAAAAUCCAUCAAUAUUUUGCACUUAUACCAUCACCAUAGUAAUCAUUAAUUAUGAGAAUUGAGUACAUAUGCAAACUUGUGUAGCAUUUAUUGGGGCUCUAGCAGCUAUUGACUGUCAUUAUUUUUGUCAGAAAUAAAGAUAUUGAUUUUUAUUUUGAACAUGCAUGCUGUAAGAAACUGUGGGCUAAAUGCAAUGCUGGAUACGCUAUGUUGACUGAAUUAUAGGAUUUUGCGCCCUCUGGGGGUUUUUGUGUGUACUUGUCAUGCAAGUUGGGAUAACAAUGUGUAUCAGUGUCUAUUAUCUACUUCCCAUCUAUAUUGAUAAAGUUCAUAAUGAUUUUAAUAAUAAUUUAUCUGUCAAUAGUUUCUAGAACACACGUCAUUUUUGCCUAGAAUGAUAUAUGUUUGUCAAAAUUACAUUAAAAAACCACGUUAUACACGAAUGUUUGAAUAUACUCAGUAUUGCUCAGUUCAGCUGCAGGCUUCAUUUCAUGGUGUUAUGUAAUACAUGUGUUGUUGUCUCUGUAUGAACUAGAUAUAUCUGCAUUAUUACAAAGAAUUUCAUUAAAACAAAUUAAUGUAAAUUAGUCUUUAUUAUAAAAAAGUGCAUGAAGCUUGCGAUCAAUUGCAGACCAAUAUAUCGAUCACAAGUUUUACCAUUAACUGCAAAUUUGCUCUUUAUUGAUCGACACGUUUCAUACAUUAAAAAUGAAAUGAUUUUUAUGUAUUUUAUGUGAUUAAGCUCGUCAUUGCAAAGUUGAAAUCGAUAUUGAAAUGAAAUAAAAAGUUGUGUUAAUCCAUAAUUGAGUUUUUGCUGUACCUCUUGGUAAUUUUAAGACGACUCAUUAAAAUAAUGAAGUCCCUAAAGAUUGGAAGAAAAAUCAAUAUAUUCAACGUGAGAUUGUAACAAUUAUCAUGAACAGAUUGUUGUGGAAAUCAAGGGAGUUCUUUGAUUUUUAAAGAGAAUUUGUCCUAUUUAAUUGAAAAAUAUAC